AUGAACAUAAAUGCAGAUAAUCCUAAUGACGUAAAACUCUUUGAAGACUUCAAGGAUAUGAGAGAAGGAAACAAUUUUGGUGCCCUAACUGUUCUACGCAAUAAUGUCAUUCAAGGAAGCAACACGACUGGUGAGAAUCACUUGGGAACGGAAACUGAUCAGACACACAUCAUGGUGGGGGGAAAACUUCCGGAAGGUGGACAUACUUAUGGCGGAGCAACUUACGGAUCAGGCAACGCUAUCCAAGAAUCUGACUCGAGUAGUAAAAACUUCUUGGGAUCAAGGCUUACUCAGAAAGACAUUACGUACAAUGUUAAGGAUGUCCCAGAAGAUUAA